AUUUAUUAGCAAAAUAUAUAUGCACAUCUAAAUGCAUAUAGACAUUCAUGGCAUAUGCAUAAUGUCUUGGACUUCAUUCAUGUACUAUGGGGAUCAAUCAAUGAGAUGAUCUGCACUUGAUGUGUACAACUCAAGCAUGGAUACCCAAGCUAAACUUUGAUCUACUGGCUCGCAUAAUAUACAUCAAUAACUUGCACUAGGAUUUCUAGGGCUUGGGGUGAACAAGAUUACUCUUAGAUCUGCUCAUUUGUAUGUAAAAGAAAGCUUAGGGUCUGUUUGGAUGACAAUUAAUUUUAUCUGGAAUAGGCUAUUUUAUUUGAGAUUAAAAUACUCUGGAUAACAUUGUUCUCUUGUUGUUAGGUACAUAUAUUUAAUUUUUUUUGGCAAUUUAACGUAUUUUUUAGUUAUUUUUGGCUAAAAACAUGUGGUUUUCAGCAAAUUACUUGGAAUAAAGUAAAAACAGCUUUUCGAAAAGAUAUAUUUAGAACUGCAUAGAAGUUUAUCUCAAAUAAGUUAUUAAUGCACACUGCCAAACAACAGAAAAUUCAUUAUCAAGAUUAACUUUAUUGGGACACUAAAUUAUCAGUGAUGCCAUUAAAGAAUAUGUUGGAGCAGCUAUGGAGGUGUCAAUGAUGGAACUUAUCUUGUAGUUAUUGAAGGACCCAGCUGGAGAAGAUAGUUGGUCUCACUUGUAAUUGCAUAUUCAUAUGGUUUGGUGAACAUAUGUACUCACAGAUGGGCAUUAGGAGGUGAAUGCAAGUGCUUCAGUGCACGUUUGUGGUCAUUAAUGUGGGUAUGGGCUUGGAAGUGCAAGCGAGCGUAUGCAUGGACUUUCCUACUUAAAACUAAUGUUUUUCUUGUAGUGUUAUUCAUUGUUCUUAAGCAUGGAUUGGACCGACCGGUCUAACCAGUCGAACUACGGACCAGUCCCUUGGCUGGUCCAGUCCGAUAAUCAAACUGAAUACUUGUCAAAACCGUCAGGUGACCAGUCAGACUUAGCUGACCAAGUGCUUUUCUUUUGCCAAUUUGAUGAGCCCUUUUCUGGCCCAUAAAUUGGACUUUUCAACCUAGUUUAGGUGGAUCUUUCCAGUGUUUUUUUGCUUCUUCUCUGUCUUCACCUUUUAUCAUACCCACCUACCAUAUUUAGAAUGAGUUUAUGCCAGAAUACCUUGUUUUUCUCUCUACUAUAUCUCCCAAUAUUUUUAUCUUUUCCUGAAUUUUUGGCCAAAUUUCCCCCUUUCUAACCCGAUUUUUAUUUUUUCAAUUAUUUUUCCUUCUUUAUGAUUUUUUAUUUAUUCUUUUAUUUUUUAAUGCGUAAGUUCUCUCUACUCUAUAUCAUGCGACGUAAUAUUUUCAUAUUUUUCUGAAUUUUGGUCAAACCCCGACCUUGGUUUAGUGUUUUUACCUAUUUUUCCUUACUUAUAUUUUUAUUAAUUAAUUCUCUGACUUCUAUAUACAGACCUUUUUUAAAAUGGUCAUACCCAUCUAACCAUUGGUCUUAUUUAUAUUUUUAUUAAUUAAUUCUCUGACUUCUAUAGACAGACCUUUUUUAAAAUGGUCAUACCCGUCCAACCAUUGGUCCAAUGGAUUUCAGCUGGCCAGUCUAGUCCUGAUAACACUGGUGUUAUUUGUGAUUUGAGUUUCUUUCCUUCAGUAUAUAAACUUUGAUAGUUUGAUAUGUUUCUUUGUUUUUAUGUGUGCGUGUGUGCAUGCUUGUGUCAGUGUGUGUGUGUGCAUAUUUUAUUUAUUUAUAUUUGUUCAUAUACAUUUAAGUUUAUGUAUUUUUACCUCCCGCAAUUACUCUGUGGAAAAUUACUAUACAAGCAUUUAUAUACAUAUACACAUAGUAAUUACUGUAUGUAUGCAUUUAGAUCACAUACAUAUAGUUUUAUGAUUUACCCAUUUGGGUGUAUGUCUCGCUCUUUUAUAGACAAUCAAACAACUCAGUUGAUAUCGGGUGUUAGCAAAUCUCUAUUGCAUAGUUAUCUUGGUAAAUCACUUAUACAGCUACAACACUUUCAGUUCAUUAACUGUGAGCUGUAUGGGGUGGUUAGCGUUUAUGCAUUUAUAAUUCGUAUACCAUAAGAACUAAAAUAGACCACAAAAUUUGUAUUGAAAACCUUCUUUAAUUCUUCUAUCAACCAUAUAGCAAUUGUGAAGAGAAUCUAUUAACCCGGGUAACCAUAUUUAGUAGUCAAAAAGCAAUGGGGCAGUGGCUGUAAAUGGUCAUGAUGGUUGCCUGGGGUGGUCUACAAAAUGAUGGGAAAGAGUUCAAAGUACAUUGCCUUGCUCAAAUUGAUGAGAACUCAAAAUGAAGCACUAACAGAUACUUUGUCAAAAAAAUGAAGCACUAAUAGAUAAAGACAUCGGUUAAGGCCAACUAGUUGAACAUAAGAAUUAUAAAUGGGAAAGGGGCUUGGGUUGUGGUGUUAGCACCUCACCUCCUAGUUACCACGUUGUGGUUUCUAUUCCCACCACUAACACUUCUACUUGAAAAAAUGAGUAGGGGCCUGUCUUCCCCACUGAAUUACCCAGAAAAAAAAAAAGAAUUAUAAAUUAAUCAUAUGUGCAACAAGGACAAAUGGUUUAUAUAUAUAUAUAUAUAUACCGUGAAAUACCAUUUGCAGCCAAGCAGGCCUUUUGUUCUUCAAAGAAAUUCAUCUACUUUAUUCUUGAUAUUGUAUACCCAGUUCCAACAGCUGUUCUCUUAAUGGUAGAUCAACAUGGUCCCAGGUCUGAUACUUAACCAAUGCACUUAUCUCUUCCUUGAAUCUCAUUGCCAACAAUUUUGAGAAGUAAGCUCAGUUUAGUCAGAACGAAAAUGUGAAAAAUUUAUGGCCUCUAGGAAAGCUGUUAAAUAUAGCAAUGGCUCAUCAUGGGGUCUAUCUUUGUCAGUAUGGGAAGAAGUGUACCAUGGGGAUUCAUAUUAUUUUGAUUUUGAUUUUAAUUGUCCCGAGACCCAAUUAUUCUCCUAAUUUAGGAUGGCAAAUGAGAACUGAUAAUGCACUUUGAUAAAAGUCUGAGCUUCAAAAGAAAAAGAAGAAUAUUAAGGGUCAAAUAUUGGAGACAGUCUUCUUGUCUGGUAGCAGAAAUUUGAAAUGGAAUGGCCACCUCAGUAUUGUGAUAAAUGCUAGUUGGGUAGAGUUGGGGGCAUAGCACAUUUUCUUCUUUUUUUUUUACCAUUCUCCAUUCAAUGGAAUUUCAAUUGUCCUAAACAUUGAAAGCAAAUUUUUAUAGAUGGAUGUAUCCAAAAUAAUCUUGAAGGUUGAAUAUGACAGAAACUAUAUCAUAUUCUCUCUAUGAAUAGAUUUGAGGGCUAUUAUGGGAAAUAUAUACCGUUGGUUGUCUUUGAUGGUUAAUAUGAUUUGAGAUAAUUAUACUUUGUGUGUUACUUCAUGAUAAACUUGAAGGAACACUAGAAACUGUUUGGAAAGAUUUAGGAUUGUAAAUCGUGGAAGGGCUGAUUGUGAGGUUUCUGAAGGCAUUCCAUGGAGUUGACUAGUAAUAAGAAAUAGAAAAAGAAAAAAUAUAGAAAGGUUUUGUUGGUUGGGCCCAGACUUAUGUUGGAAGAUACUUUCUGCAAGCCUAUUAACAAAACAAAGAACACUUUCUUUAGGACAUAGCAUUAUAUCAGUUGUAUCAUUGGUGUUAGUAUGGUUUAUUCUGAGGGUUUGUACUCUAGGUCUCAAGUGGAUGAUCCGUUUCAAUAGUAUAGUUCGGGAUAAAUUAUUAGCAGUGCCAUGUGUUUGCUGGUUGUGCAUGUUUCAUGGUUAUGGAAUGUCAAAUUCAAGUUUUUCCAUAUUGUCAUUACCAUCCUUAUAUUGUUUGCAACUAUGUCCUCAGUUUUUCAGCAGGUGAUAUUAGUCUUCUAUUUUGAUUCGCUCAGAAAUGACAAUCCCCACAGUGCACCUGGUCCACAUGUGUAACAAGCUGGCAAGUAGACAUGUAAGAGUGAGACUUGCUGAUCCAAGUGACGUCCCUCGGUGUGACAUUUGUGAGAAUUCACCAGCUUUCUUUUACUGCGAAAUAGAUGGAAGUUCUCUCUGCCUGCAAUGUGACAUGGCUGUACAUGUUGGGGGCAAAAGAACGCAUGAGAGAUAUCUUUUGUUGAGGCAGAGGGUUGAGUUUAUAGGGGACAAGCCAACUCCCAUUGAAGACCAUGCUUGGCAACCAAUGGAGAAGGUUGAGUACAAGAGGGAUCAGAAUAUGCAGCCUCAUUUGAUGAUGAAUCGAGAAGGCCCAAAAGAGAACAAUAUCAAUCACCAGGGCCCACGUGUUCCAACAUAUGACAGCAAUGCUAACAAUGACAAGCAUGAUGCGAAAUUGAUUGAUUUGAAUGCUAGGCCUCAUCGAAAUCAGGGCCAACCAUCUAACUCAAGCCAGAAAAGCAGCGGGAUGGACACAGCGAACAACCGUGAUUGUGCCAGUUUGGUUCCUGUAGGAUCUUUCAAAAGAGAAGUGGCACGUAAUUCAGUUGCUGAUGCCAAAGAUGUAGACAUGUGAAGUCAAAUUGGUCAUGGGCCACUGGUUUUCAAUUGUUGCUAAUUUAUCUUCCUUGCCUUUUAUUUUGGUGGUAGGGGGUCGGCAACUGUGGUUGAUUUGGUUUGGACUGUAAAAACCUGUGCAUGACAUCUAUGGACCAUAUGGCAUUCUGUGUACACUACGAAUUGUACAAAGACGAGAGCUUGCUCUGCUCAUUAACUGUUUUUUGCUUAGCAUUGGUCCAUUGGAGUGUAUGGCUGGAUCAUGUAAAGUAAGUAAUGAAAUGUAGUGUGCGAUGAGGUUCGGUACGAAACCUCACCUCACCCCAACCAUGUGAUAUCUACAGUGGACAGCUGGGAUGUGUUGGUCCUCCUCCCAUGCCAAAAUUUUGUGACUUUGAGCAGGGGGACUGCACACCAGCCAUCUGCUGUUGACAUCAAAAGACUGUGAAAUGCGAAGUUUGCUACAGAACCUCACUGGUGCAUUAUGAACCCAUAAAUAAAUAAUGAGAAAUAAGCCAUUGGAUCAUGUUUUCAUCGGGUUUUAUGAAAAUCUUUUUUGAA